UUCUUUUCUUUAAUAAUCAAAUCACUAUUUUUAUGCGUCAACGAUUUUUUCAUCAAAUUAUGUUUGAUUGUUGUUCCUCGUUUUUCUUGCAUUCCCGUUGGCCAUCAAACUUUUUUUUCGAUAUUCGUUCUUCUUUAAUUUUAUUCUUCGUUCCUUUCCCGUCUCUAAUAUUAUUAAAAUACAUUGCGCGCAUUUUUGUAUUAUUGCAAUUUUUGUUUGUAAAAUAAAGGGAGGGAAAUGAUCAGGUUUAAAUUGUGCGCAAAAGAAUAAAACAAAAACGCAAAUGUUUCUGGA